GCCCAAUCGCGUCUUCAUCACUAUAAACUAAAAUGGCGACGUCCUGCGCGCUCGCGUAAAUUCCGCCCGCACGGUGAUGUUGAAUUUCUUGCGGUUCAUCGUCGAAAUUUCAUAGCCGUAAUUUUCACGUCGGAAUGAGGCAUAAGUUGUUCAUCGCCCGUACGGUGCUCGUUCAAAACAACCAAGUCGAAGAGGCACUUCGAGUGCUGAACCGCAUCUUGGGCAUGGAGGGCAUCUUCGACCGCUAUCGUCUGACCAGGUACUACGAAAAGCCCACCAAGACGCGGCGGAGAGUCAACUACGAAAUCUGCAAGGCUGUCUACGACGAAGAUAUGGCUCGUCGGAUUCAAUUCACGCUGCGCAAGAACCGACAUGACCCAUGGCUGGGAAACGAUUAGAAUGUCCAAAAAAUUACCUGUCGUCACUCUGUAGAUAAAGCAACACAAAAUCCUGAU